AACGUUCAGAACAGAAGCUUGGUUCAAAAAAAAAUUCAGAACAGAAGCGAACCUCUCAUCUCAUCCUAUUCUCUCUCGGACGACAGUCCAACAGUCCAUCUUUCUAUUAUCUUUCUCUUAUCUUUCUCUUUUGGGGUGUUUGAACACCUUCAAACCAUGAACAAGUUGGAUUUAGAUAAACAACAAUUCAUGAAGGAGUUCAGUGGCGACUACGGGUACUCGAAUGCUUCCAAAAACAUCGAUCAGAUCCGUGCUACCGAAUUCAAGAGAUUGGAUGGUCUUGUGUACUUGGAUCAUGCUGGGGCAACUUUAUAUUCUGAGUUACAAAUGGAAGCAAUCUUCAAAGGUCUUACCACCAAUGUUUAUGGGAACCCUCAUAGCCAAAGUGACUCUAGCUUGGCCACUUCCGACAUUGUAAGGGAAGCUCGUCAACAGGUCCUUGAUUUCUGUAAUGCCUCCCCAAAAGAUUACAAAUGUAUAUUCACUUCUGGGGCAACAGCUGCCUUGAAACUUGUUGGGGAGGCCUUUCCUUGGAGCAGUCACAGUGCUUUCAUGUACACGAUGGAAAAUCACAAUAGUGUCCUUGGGAUCCGAGAAUAUGCACUCAAUAAAGGAGCUACAGCCUUUGCAAUAGAUAUUGAAGAAGCUGCUCAUGUUGGUGUAGGAUUUAGAAGCCCUGUAUCUUCCAUCAAGGUAUUACGACACCAUAUACAAAGGAGAAAUGAAGCUAGAAUCUUGGCAGAAGAGCUUACAGGAAAUGCAUUCAACUUAUUUGCCUUUCCGUCAGAGUGCAACUUCUCAGGUUCAAGAUUUAGCCUUGACUUGGUGAAUAUUAUCAAGGAUGAUUCUGAAAGAGUUUUGGAAGGCUCUCCAUAUUGCAACAGGGGGCGCUGGAUGGUUUUGCUUGAUGCUGCCAAAGGAUGUGCAACAGAACCACCAGACUUGUCAAAGUAUCAGGCAGAUUUUGUUAUAAUUUCAUUCUAUAAGCUAUUUGGCUAUCCAACCGGUCUUGGAGCUCUCAUCGUGAAAACUGAAGCUGCCAAGUUACUGAAGAAGACAUACUUUAGUGGAGGCACAGUCGCUGCAUCAAUUGCUGACAUUGACUUUGUUAAGAGAAGAGAAGGUGUUGAAGAGUUUUUCGAGGAUGGCACCAUAUCAUUUUUGAGCAUAGCAUCAAUUCACCAAGGCUUUAAAAUACUAAAUUCUUUGAGCAUGUCUGCUAUAUCCCGAAAUUUAUAAACUUCAUAGUGAAUUCUUUUGCAUCUGUGCCAAUUCAGUCUGAGUAUGUAUAUCAAUCGAGUGCAAGAUCCAUUUGCUUUCCAAGUGACGGCAUUAAAAGAGAAAUUGCAAGAUAUUAUCUUCGGUCUAUUACUGUCUACCCCAUAAAGUCAUGUGCAGGGUUCAGAGUAGACAACUGGCCUAUAAGCAACACUGGCUUGCUUCAUGAUCGAGAAUGGCUUCUCAAAAGCUUGAGUGGCGAAAUUCUUACACAAAAGAAGGCUCCAGAAAUGUGUUUUAUUAAUACAUUUGUUGACCUCAACUUGGGAAUAUUGUUUGUAGAGUCACCUCGUUGCAAGGUGAAACUGCAGAUUAUACUUGAAACAGAUUUGUCUACUUCUGGGAGAGAUGAAUUGGGUCUAUAUGCCCAGAGAUACAAAGUUCGGGGUUAUGAUAAUGAAGUUGACACUUGGUUUAGCAAUGCUGUUGGCCGACCUUGCACUUUAUUAAGAUGUUUGGGCUCAAAGAAUUCUCUCUGCUUGAACAAGGCCAAAAAAGAAGGCAUGUGCAGAGACUUGGAGACCAAAUUGAAUUUUGUCAAUGAAGCUCAGUUUUUGCUUAUCUCUGAGGAAAGUGUUUCCGACCUCAACAACAGAUUAAGCUCAAUUGAGCAUCAGAGGCAAAUUCAUGUAAACAAUUUUCUGUUGGUAGCAGAUGUGCAGGAAGGCUUUCAGGGACCACCAAUUCAAAUCAAUCCAAUGAGAUUCCGUCCCAACCUUGUCAUAUCUGGUGGAGCACCAUAUGCGGAAGAUGAAUGGAGAAGUCUUAAAAUUGGUAAUAAAUAUUUCGUGUCAUUAGGUGGAUGCAACCGUUGCCAAAUGAUCAAUUUGAAUCCUCAAGAAGGAGAGGUGCAGAGGUCAUGGGAGCCUUUAGCUACUUUAGCAUCUUACAGGAGAGUGAAGGGGAAGAUAUUGUUUGGAAUACUAUUAAGAUACGAUAAUAACAACCUAGUGCUAGACACAGAUUCAUGGCUUCAGGUGGGACAAGAAGUACAUCCAAAUACCGACUAGUAAGGAUAUGGAAGGAUGAUCCUCCAUAGAACCAAUGUAGUCAAAACUUUGACAGAACUCUAACAGACUCCCCCUCUAAAAAUUCCGUCUCGGAACUGCAUAGAUAAAUAAUUGGUUCUUGCCCCUUUAUUGAAGAAAUCAAUAUACAUCUGCAAAUAAAUAGUUACAUUGCAUCUUGGAAGAAGGUGACAUAACGCUUGAAAUAGGAUAAUGAAGGUGGGGUUUGACAAGUAUUUCUAUUCACUAUGGUUGGAUUUGUAACUCAUUUGGGUAUAUAUAUAUUAACAUGGAUACUCGGCUUUUCACAUUCUAAAUCACACUCAAGAGGAGACUAAGCUCUUCACUUUUGGACGAACAUUUAUUUCCACAUUCCUUUUAGCUUUUGUUCAAUGUUACAAUUUAGAGAUGCUUGAUUGGUGUUUAUUGGCCUAACGGUUAAAUUAGUUCUUUUUUAGAGGUGGA